AUGGGUAGUGGAUUUAUUUUUAGACGGCUAGCUAUCUCAGUCUUUUCUUAUCUAUCUAUCUCUAUCUAUUCAUAUCCAUCUCAGUAUAUACAUAUCUGUCUAUCUAUCUGUCUAUCUACCUAUCUCAGUGUAUUCAUAUCUAUCUAUCUAUCUAUUUCAUUCUUUUCAUAUCUAUCUAUUUAUCUAUCUAUCUGUAUGUCUUAUCUAUCUAUCUAUCUAUCUAUCUAUCUAUCUAUCUCAAUCUAUUCAUAUCCAUCUCAAUAUAUUCAUAUCUGUCUAUCUGUCUAUCUCAGUGUAUUCAUAUCUAUCUAUCUAUCUAUUCCCUUCUUUUUAUAUCUAUCUAUCUAUCUAUCUAUCUAUCUCAAUCUAUUCAUAACCAUCUCAGUAUAUUCAUAUCUGCCUAUCUGUUUAUCUGUCUAUCUCAGUGUAUUCAUAUCUAUCUAUCUAUCUAUUCCCUUCUUUUUAUAUCUAUCUAUCUAUCUAUCUAUCUAUCUCAAUCUAUUCAUAACCAUCUCAGUAUAUUCAUAUCUGCCUAUCUGUUUAUCUACCUAUAUCAGUGUAUUCAUAUCUAUCUAUCUAUUCCAUUCUUUUCAUAUCUAUCUAUUUAUCUAUCUAUCUGUAUGUCUUAUCUAUCUAUCUAUCUCAAUCUAUUCAUAUCCAUCUCAGUAUAUUCAUAUCUGGCUAUCUAUCUGUCUAUCUACCUAUCCCAGUGUAUUCAUAUCUAUCUAUCUAUCUAUCUAUCUAUCUAUCUAUCUAUCUAUCUAUCUAUUCUUUUCUUAUCUAUCUAUCUAUCUAUCUCAAUCUAUUCAUAUCCAUCUCAGUAUAUACAUAUCUGUCUAUCUAUCUGUCUAUCUACCUAUCUCAGUGUAUUCAUAUCUAUCUAUCUAUCUAUCUAUCUAUUCCAUUCUUUUCAUAUCUAUCUAUCUAUCUAUCUAUCUAUCUAUCUCAAUCUAUUCAUAUCCAUCUCAGUAUAUUCAUAUCUGUCUAUCUGUCUAUCUCAGUGUAUUCAUAUCUAUCUAUCUAUCUAUUCCCUUCUUUUCAUAUCUAUCUAUCUAUCUAUCUAUCUAUCUAUCUCAAUCUAUUCAUAACCAUCUCAGUAUAUUCAUAUCUGCCUAUCUGUUUAUCUGUCUAUCUCAGUGUAUUCAUAUCUAUCUAUCUAUCUAUUCCCUUCUUUUUAUAUCUAUCUAUCUAUCUAUCUAUCUAUCUCAAUCUAUUCAUAUCCAUCUCAUGUAUUCAUAUCUAUCUAUCUAUUCCAUUCUUUUCAUAUCUAUCUAUUUAUCUAUCUAUCUGUAUGUCUUAUCUAUCUAUCUAUCUCAAUCUAUUCAUAUCCAUCUCAGUACAUUCAUAUCUGUCUAUCGAUCUGUCUAUCUACCUAUCUCAGCGUAUUCAUAUCUAUCUAUCUAUCUAUCUAUCUAUUCCAUUCUUUUCAUAUCUAUCUAUCUAUCUAUCUAUCUAUCUAUCUAUCUCAAUCUAUUCAUAACCAUCUUAGUAUGUUCAUAUCUGUCUAUCUACCUAUCUCAGUGUAUUCAUAUCUAUCUAUCUAUUCCAUUCUUUUCAUAUCUAUCUAUCUAUCUGCAUGUUAUCGAUCUAUCUAUCAAUCUAUUCAUAUCCAUCUCAGUAUAUUCAUAUCUGUCUAUCUACCUGUCUAUCUACCUAUCCCAGUGUAUUCAUAUCUAUCUAUCUAUCUAUUCCAUUCUUUUCAUAUCUAUCUAUCUCAAUCUAUUCAUCUCUGUAUAUUCAUAUCUGUCUAUCUAUCUACCUAUCUAG